AUGCUUCAGCAGCGGGAGAUGUACCGACAGCGGGGCCUGUUUUAUCUCUGUUCAUUGUGCCUGUUGGUGGUGGUUCCGGUCCUCUACUUAGCGACUCCCUCGUCUCCGGGGUAUAGCGAGUCCACUCAUACGGGAGAGUGGAGGUUCAGUCGUAGAAAACACUUCCACAGAGCCGGAGAGGCAAGAAACUGUGAGAUUGUCGACGUGGCAAUAUCAAUCGGUGGGCAGGAGUCUUGCAAUCGGGCAGCACUGCUGAUAAAGUCCAUCCUCCUGUUUCGACAGAGUCCAAUCCGACUCCAUCUCCUGGUGGAUCCUCCAUCCAGACACGUGAUGGGGACACUGCUCAGAACGUGGCAUCUCUACGGCCUGGAGUUCCACCUGUACACCGUCAAAUGGACGUCAAAACAAUCUCAGAAAGGCUACGAAUCACUUGUUUAUCUCAUGGAGUCUCUGCCUCCCUCUGUAGAGAGAGUCAUAUCCCUCCAAUCCCAUUUACUCUUGUCCGUUGACAUACAUCACGUGUGGAAAACCUUUGUUGAGAUGGAGAAGGUAGGAAGUGUGUUUGGCCUUGUUGAAGCACUCUCCCUGCCGGGGCAAUUCAGAGACGAGUUGAUGCUUAUCGACUUAGCCGGUUUUAGGCGAAAAGGUUGGCCUCAGUUCAGGGGGGAAGGUCUGUCAGGUAGUAUAACAGUAGAGAGUGUUUCGAAAGCACUGCAUAUUCUCUACGAGCAGGAUCUGACGUUGUUCUACGUGCUGAGCCCUGGGUGGGGCACCGAGCAGCAGGAUACACUAAUUCAUGUUGCUACUGAGCCGUGUUUUGAGCAGCAGACUGUGUGCGUUCACAGCCUGGUUGUUGCCAGUGAUUUCAAAACUAAAAUCCAGGAAUACGACGGUAAUCUACUCAGGGAUAAAUGGAUAGACUGCCGGACGGGGCCCACGUUUGAUCAAAACGCCAUCGACUAUCGUGAGAAGACAACUGUCUAUGCACCACCGUGUACCGACUUCAAGAGGGAGGGGAAUCAGGAGCGAAGGACGCACCCAUUCUAUGCAGGCCAGUGGUUUGACCCAAACUCAGUUGAUUCCAAUGACAUCACUCUGUCAGUACACGGUAGUUUAGACAGACUAGUCUUUAUGCUGGAGCCAAUGUGCAGACACUGGACCGGUCCAAUGAGUAUUGCUGUUGUUGCCAAUGACACAGGAGUGUCUAAUCUCCUCAAUACAAUCAAUAGCUCCCCUAUAAUCAGUUCCCGUAAGAACAUUGCCUACCACGUGGUGUACAAAGAGGGGAUCUACUACCCCAACAAUAUGCUUCGUCUCACGGCCCUGAGUAAUGUCGGAACCAAUUCCGUGUUUAUGGACGACAUGGAUUUCAUCCCUUCGUUUGGACUCUAUUCGUAUCUCAGAAAAACAGUCAGAGAGUUUGACUUGACUCACACGGUGCUGGUUAUUCCUGCGUUUGAGACAAAGGAAGAUCGAGACACCUUCACCUUUCCAGAGGACAAGGCAGCUCUGCUGGAAAUGGAGUCGCAAGGCAGAGUGUUCCAAUUCCACAAAGAUGGCUACAUCCGCGGACAUGCGCCAACAGACUAUGCCUUGUGGCGAAAGGCGAAAGAACCGUACGAAAUCCAGUGGCAGCCUCUUUAUGAACCAUACCUUGUCGGCAACAGGAACAUCACCCCCUUUGACACGCGGUUUGUUGGCAGGGGGUUCAACAAGGUCUCGCACAUUGAGCACCUGUACUAUGAUCGAUACAAGUUCAUUGUACUGCCUGGUGGGUUUCUAAUCCACUUGCCUCACCAAAUAUCAAGCGAUGCACAGAAGGAGAGCGAAAGCGAUCGCCACAGAGAGUGUUACACUCGAAGGUGGAACGAAUGGAGAGCAGAAAAGGCAGAGAAGUAUGGCUACGAGCCGUAUCUAAUGGAUGUAUACAAGAUAUGGAACGGUCUAUCCAGUCCAUAUGAAACGUCGUUCUGA